CUGUGUCCCUCGAACACAGCGGAUCAACGAUCCAUGGAAAGAGCUGAAGAUGUCGGCUAGGUCAUUUGAUCAGCUGUGUCCAAUCACAGCUGAUCACAUGGGACAUCUACACUGUUCAUCAGAGCACUGAUGAUCAGUGUGCCCUGAUGAUCAGUGUAGCCCCAGCAGUGCCACCUGUCAGUGUCCAUCAGUGGCAGCUGUCAGUGCUCAUCAGUGCCACGUGCCAGUGCCCAUCAGUGCCACAUCAAUGCCACAUAUCAGUGCCUACCAGUGCACAUCAAUGCCACAUAUCAGUGCCCAUCUGAGCUGCCUUUCAGUGUCACCCAUCAGUGCCAGUCAGUGCCACCUAUCAAUGCCAAUCAGUGCCACCUAUCAAUGCCAAUUAGUGCCACCUAUCAGUGUGCAUCAGUGCCACCUAUCAUUGCCCGUCAGU